ACGGUAAUAUAGGAACAACAGAGGAGCUGCGCUAACAAAAGCGGACUGUUUUUCCCGCAAUGUUUGAGGUCUGUUCCAUCAUACCACACAGUGAUGUUCAGUGAAGCCAUGAAUGAAGUUGAGGAGAAACAUCAGUGUCAGAAACCUCAGAAUCUUGUAAUGCAAGAAAUGUCUUCUAGUAGUUUGCAGAAGAACACGAUUUUCUUUCCAAAAUGGAAGCAAAGAACAGAAGCAGGCGAGCCUUUCACCUGCUGUCACUGUGGAAAGAGUUUCAAACAGAAAUGUUAUCUUCAGGUCCACAUGAGAACUCACACUGGAGAGCGUCCAUACACAUGUCCACAGUGUGGAAAGAGUUUUAAACACAAAUCAAAUCUUGAGGUGCACAUGAAAAUUCACACUAAAGAGCGCCCAUACACAUGUCCACAGUGUGGAAAAGGUUUCAGAGAGAAAUCAUCGCUUGAGGAGCACAUUAGAAUUCACACUGAAGAGCGCCCAUAUGCGUGUCCUCAGUGUGGAAAGAGAUUCACACAGAAAAAUCAUCUUAAGGUGCAUGUGAGAAUUCACACUGAAGAGCGACCAUACGUGUGUUCUCAGUGUGGAAAGAGUUUCAAACGCAAAUCAACGCUUAACGACCACGUGAGAAUUCACACUGGAGAGCGUCCAUACACAUGUACUCAGUGUGGAAAGAGAUUUAAACAAAGAUCAACGCUUGAGGUUCACUUGAGAAUUCACACUGAAGAGCGCAGAUAUGUUUGUCCUCAGUGUGGAAAGAGUUUUACACAGAAAAAUUAUCUUGAGGAGCACAUAAGAAUUCACACCGGAGAGCGACCAUACUCAUGUACUCAGUGUGGAAAGAGUUUGACACACAAAUUAACGCUUGAGAGGCACAUGAUAAUUCACAAUGAAGAGCGCCCUUACCAAUGUCUUCAGUGUGGAAAGAGUUUUAAACGCAAAACAACGCUUGAUGAGCACUCGAGAACUCACACUGGAGAGCGACCAUACACAUGUACUCAGUGUGGAAAGAGUUUCAGACAGAGAUCAACACUUGAGAGGCACAUUAAAAUUCACAGUGAAGAGCGCAGAUACGCAUGUACUCAGUGUGGAAAGAGUUUUAAACAGAAAUCAAAUAUUGAAGUCCACAUGAGAAUUCACACUGGAGAGCGUCCACACACAUGUACUCAAUGUGGAAAGAGUUUCAGACAGAAACAUCAUCUUAAGGCGCACCUGACAGUUCACACCGAAGAGCGCUGAAACACGUGUCCUCAGUGUGGAAAGACUUUGAUAAAGAAAACAAGUCUUGAGGAAAAUUCACCCUGGCGAGUGUCCAUGGCUGCACGAUUAAAGACCAGUAAAAUUGUGUACAAAUACAAAGACAUAAAUGAGAUCAACGUUUUACAUUAAAUUCACAAUAAUGUGUCUAAAAACCUUUCAGGGGGUAGACAGGGGUAGAAGUAACGCAUUAGAACUACUCGUAAUUAUACGUGUACUUUGUUAAGCUAAUACUUCUACUUUGCUACUUGUAAAAUCACAUUCGUUACUGCUCACAUACGAUUUUGAAUUAAUAUUCAAACCUUUCACCGGCAUUUUGGUAGCUAAUAAAGAUAUCAGACCGUACAUGGACCAAUAGAUUUUGAACCGAAAAGGAACGGAAGGAUUUGGUGAACUGAUCAUGGGGCAGGCUCAGACAAAUAGGUUUGGAGAAGCACAUUGAUAUUCAAGACAGCAACAUUAAAUAUAGUGAAAGACAGAAACACUGGUGUUGUUGUUACUCCCCCUCGUGUCAUCUAAGAUAUAGGUGACAUUGUUUCCAAUGUAGUACAGUAAAGAAAUUCAUUAGAUGAAAUCGUGUGCUUUGGUCAUUCAUACAAUGCAAGCGCCGUCAAAAAGCAUAUAUGGGCAAAGUAAUCCCUGCACCUCCUGCCGAUAUAUUAAUGUCUUAUGAAGCAAAUUAUGAGAUACAAGAAACUGAACAUUAUUUACAACAUUAUAACUGAUAAUGCAUAUAACAUUAAGCAAUCAGUCCACGUAUAUAUUUCAGUAAAUGCCGAUUGUGCGUAAAGAGAAAACUGCGUUUCUGUAUUUCCCCUUUUGCCAAGUGUCAUUCAAAAUGACUUUCACGUGUCACCCUGCACGACUUUCAAUCUAACGUAUUUUGAAACGUGGUAUUUUUCAUAUUUAUAAAUAUAUAUCAAUGCAAUCUGAUGGAAUUCGUACCUAUUUUAUGAGGCGGCUCAUUCGUAUGAAUUCCUACGAUCUUAUGUGUAUGUUUUAUUAUAAUUAGAUUUUGCCCCUGUGAUGUUAGGUUUAAGGGCGGGGUUAGGGUGGACCUUUAUCACUACUUUGCCACCUCGUAAAACUUGUGUGUUUUUAGCUAAAUUUGCUGUGAUUUUAGUGUUUGGGUGAGGUAAGUUGAUGGUUAGCCACCUACUAAAAUAUGUACCACUUCCUUUGAUAUCAGGCUAUAAUUACAUGAAUGUACUUUGAACCAAUAUACACGCUGUCUUUGCGGUGUAUUGAAAGUUGUCCUAAAUUACACAAAAAAAUAUUGUGCUGAAUGACACGAGAAAGGGGGAUUGAUUCAAAAUUUUAAUGUCCCUUCUUAGAGAGAAGGAAAUAUGGAAUGUGAUGUUUCAGAUGUGCCUGCAGUUUGGACUUUGAGGCGGCGUAUAGGGUUUAAAUCAAACUGCGCUUAUGAAUACAUAUAUAAAAGCGUGCAUACACAUAUAUACAUUGCUCACAUAUACAUGUAUACUAUUGGAUGUUCAAGCAAACACAUAUGAAAAACAUGUGCGCACUAAUGUGAAAUCCAUACCAAUACAUCUUAUGUUAGUAAUGCAUGCAUGUACACUUUUUCGCACAUACAUAAACUCGAUGCGUGCAAACACACCUACACAAUACUCGCACAUACAAACUCUGUGUACAUACACAUGUAUAAAACACUGUGGGCCUGCAGCUGCAGAUCGUUAAUCUUGCGAUAGUGAGAGGUGUGUAUUUGUUUGUUCACAGCAUUUCAGUGAUGGAUGUUAUAUAAACGCUGGAUAAAAUGCUGGAUUUAGAGAUGGUUUGAAACCGAUAGAUGGCGCAGUCCCAGUGCUAAAAGAUGCCGGACAUAAACUGCAGUCAUAUGUCUGUGUUUUGUUGGCAAUGGGUGCGCACGUGCUUCAGUUCCGACCCCCACCAAUUUGAGUAAAAUCACAGGCUUCACUUAUCCGUGCGAAUGCACCGCAUGAAAUACAGAUGUGGAGAGGUGAAUAGGGCGAAUGUGUAGCCUAACGUUAACCAAAUUCACAGAAGGCUCCAACUAAGUUUACUAUGCAAACUACUAUCCAAUCAUAGCAGUGGGCAUUUACUUCCAAGUCUUGAAUGCGGCACGCCCAUUAAAACCGAGCGCUUGUCGAGGUAGAACCCGGGUAGAAAAUAGCCUAUUACUUAUUGAUUUUGAUGUUUUUGAAUGUGAAAACCACGUGAACGUCAUAAGUAGACCUCAUACAACAGUAUAAAACAAUAAAAAGGCCACUUCAUGACGUCUUUAAAUGAACACAUGAAACUGGAUUUUUUUCCAAUUAUAUACUGUUUUGGCAACAUCUGAAGUCUGUACGCUAAAUAAGAGAUUUAACACGUGUGACGUGCCUGUGGACCAUCCCUCUUCAGCCGGCGGAGGGGGUGGGACUUUUUGUACGUAGAAUUCAAGACACCUGUGAAGAACUUUAAAAGAGGGGAGCUUCCCGAAGACCGGGCGGCAUUUUCUCUGUUGCCCCUUUGCUUGGCCUUUGUUCUAAUUUGGGUUGGCCUUUUGUUUUGUUUAGUUAUUUUGUUUAUGGAUUAGCUUACUUAUAUGUUUGCUUAUAGUUUGAUUUAGGACAAAUAUGUCCUUAUUUUAUUUUGAAUGGAAUUUUUAAUGUUUAUUUUGUGAAUAAACCUUUUUUACUUUAA